CCGGCUCCUCCCUUUCUUAGUUGUUAGUUGUUUCCCACUAAAUUUUCAAAAUUUUUGUUGUUUGAUUCUUCAGCCGUCCAAAAAACAAACACACUCACACACCCUAUAAAACACACACAAACAAAAAAAAAAGCACACACCAAAACCAAUGCAAAACCACCAUCAAUAAUCAUGGAACACGAACAACAAAGCAAUCACAUCUCCGAUGACUACUACAACUCCGACAAUGAAGAGGCUGUCUCCGGCAACAAAUGCGGUUGUUUCCGCCUUUUCUCUUACUUCAAUUCCCACCACCAUGAUGGAGAAACAGCGGUGUUCAUCCACCAUAGGUUGGGAGAAAGAGACAUUGGAGACAAAAACAGUUGGUUGAUGAAUCGAUUCAAGAGAUUCAGAGAGUUUUCAGAGGUGAUUGCGGGGCCUAAAUGGAAGAACUUCAUUAGAAAGUUUAGUAAGAAACCGAAAAAAGGGAAUUCUUCUCCAUUUCAAUAUGAUCCUGAGAGUUAUGCACUUAAUUUUAACGAUGGUGUUGGCGAUGAAAGUGAUGAUGAUUGUUCGUUGCCUCGUAGUUUCUCCACGAGAUUUGCUCCUCAUUCGGGUUCCAUGGCUAGUUAGUGUUUUUUACUUUUUUUUAUUGUUUGAUUUUGUUUUCCUUGUAAAAUACUAAAGUAUGAGAAAUUUCUAUUAAUUUAUUGAUUUAUUGUCAUUCCUCUCUAAUGCAUAUUUGUUUGUACUCAUAUAAUUGUAUCCUAAAUGAUGUAUCAAAACCCAACCCAAUGAUGGGACACAUGUGUAUGGGGCUAUGGGCCAUGCUAUUUUACAAGAGGUUAAAUGUAAAAAAAUUAACUUCCUUUUGCCACUUUA